GCACCCUUUUUAAAAUGAAUGUUUUAUACUCCAUAACACAUAUUAACACAUGUUGUACAAAUGCGGUCCAGCACGCAGGAUAGAAUGGUUCUCGUGACAAAUCUAGAGUGUCUCGAUACUACUUGCUCCACCCGUUGCCUCAUUUUGUCUCAACUAUUCGAAGAUCAGAAAGUUUUCAAUCAAGCCGCCUUCUUCACCGCAUCAAUUUUGGCUCCAAUUUUGGCCCAUUUUUUCAGAACCAGAAGCUUGCUUUCACCCUUCCUCUCGUUGACUCUCAGAUCAGGGCAGAGGUGAAGGAAAACGAAGAAAGAGAAAAUGGGGGGUGGCAUGGAGGUGAACAAGAACAAGCACAUUGAGAAUUGGAACGCGGCGAGGGAGAACCUUGAGUUGGGCUUCAGGUGGACCAGGCGUAAUCUUGCCCUCGUUGGCAUCUUCGGCAUUGCUCUCCCUGUCCUCGUCUACAAGGGCAUCGUCAAGGAAUUCCAUAUGCAAGAUAUGGAAGCGGGAAGGUCGCCAAGGAAGUUCCUGUGAGUACAAAAACAUCAAUGUACUAAUGGUGUUUGAUGUCAAACAUAAGCCUCUUAGACCUGAAAUGCUUUUCCUUUCUUCAUCAAAUGGUGUUUGAACUAGAAUGUUUGGAAUCUUUGGACUUUGUUGAAGUAGUCAAGGCUUCAUUUUGUUUUCGUUUGUAUAACUGGGGUAAUGCUGUUCUUCUCCUUCAUUCUUCAUUAUUUUGUGUGGUAACAAAGACUUCUUUCGACAUUGAAAUUGGUUAUAUAUGCUGCCAUGAUUAAUUAUUCA